AUGCUGGCGAGCGGCCCCGCAAAGCCCCGAGUCCUCUGCCUCGACGGCGGGGGCAUCCGGGGCCUGUCCGAGGUCUUGAUCCUGAAGGAGCUCAUGCUGCAGGUCCGGAUCCGCAACGACCUCGACUACACCCCGGAACCGAACCAGUGUUUCGACUUCAUCUGCGGGACCAGCACGGGCGGGCUCUUGGCCGUCCUGCUGGGCCGUCUCGGAAAGACGCUGGACGAGUGCGAGACACUGUUCCGCGAGUUCGGGUCGAGGAUAUUUUCUGGCGGCUCUUUUUCGAGGGCCUUGAGGAUGGUGUCGACGGGGUCGAAACACACGAGCGAAGGCCUGUCCGGCGUCAUCCGGUCCCAGGUGGGAGGGCAGAAGAUGCACGAGGUGGACGGCGCCAGCAGCGGACACGUUCCGGUUGCCGUGAUUGCGGUGUCGAGAUCCACGCGCCACUCCUACAUGUUCCGUACGUACGGCACCCGAGCAAGCAUCGAGGCGUGCCCCAUCGUCGACGCCUGCCUCGCGACGUCGGCCGCGACGACGUGCUUCCCGUCCAUCACGAUCAACGGCAUCGAGUACAUCGACGGCGCGGUGCGCGACAACAAUCCCACCGACGCCGCGUUGAAGGAGCUCGAAUCGGCAGAAUCGCCUCUGCCGUUGCGAGACGCCGUGUCCGGAGUGGGAUGCCUCGUCUCCAUCGGCACCGGUCUCGGCUCCUACGGCCGCGAAUCCUCCGGCGCGAUCUCGAAACUCGUCCCUCAGGGGUUUUCUUCCGUCAAGAAUGCGGCCAAGAUGUGCAUCAAAAUCGCCACCGACUGCCACGAGGCUCAUCUGGAAAUCAAGGACAAGUUUGAGAAAGGUAACGCCGGUGAUGCGUAUUACCGGUUCGAUGUGGACAGAGGUUUGGAGUCGGUGAUGCUGAAUGAGAGCGACAGCGAGGCUUUACAGCAUAUCACUGCCGUUACCAGGGCGUAUCUAAGGAGACGCCAAACAAAGAUGGAACAAUGUGCACUAGCUAUCAAGCCGAGAAGAAAAAUCGAAAGCAUAGAACCGCCCAUGUACCAAGCCCUGGGCUUCGGACCCUCGAGUUUAGUCUAUCCUGGCCUGCCCGAAAGUACGGCCACCUUCUUUGGCAGAAGUAGAGAACUCUCACAGCUCCAGACGGCCUUGGAUCCCCUACGACCAAGCCGCAAAAACGCUCUGCUCUUCGCAGUCGGCGGCUCAGGAAAGACUCAGCUGGCGCUCCGACACAUUCACGAGGAGAGGGGCCGAUACUCGGCCAUCAUAUGGAUCAACGCAUCGACAAAAGCCAGCGCUGAGGAAUCCAUUGAGGAGGUCGCGGCCGCGAUGCGCAGCAGUUGGCCGCGCGACACGCCGAUGCUGCCCGCGGAACGGGACGCCAACAGCUUGGUGCAGGUCAAAUCACGACUCCGCUGCACCCGCCACAGGAACUGGCUGCUCGUCAUCGACAGCGCCGAUGAUCCGGAGCGGAACGACUUGGCAAAGUACAUUCCGAGAUGCGAUUUCGGAUCGGUCUUGGUGACCAGCACGAGAAGACGGGCCUGCAUCGGCUUUCGCCCUGAGAGCCCCAUACAUCUUGAUGGUCUCGAUUUCGGUAGCUCUCACAAGCUUCUGCUGACGUCCGCUAGGCUUGCUGAAAUCCCCGACGAUCUGGAGCCCGCAAAAGCCAUUAUCAAAGAACUGAGCGGCAUUCCUCUGGCGAUAGAACAAGCCGGCGGUUUGAUCCUCAAUGGGGAGUUCACGCUUCCCGACUUUCUUGAUGAAUAUAGGGAGAAUUACCGAGCCCUCAUGGAACUUCACCUGGACGAGGGCACAUUGUCAUAUGAGAAGGAUGGCGUCAUUCUUACGAUCCUUGACAUGACCUACCGCCAUCUCAGUAUCGACCCCAAGCAACUUUUCCUCCUCAACUUCAUCGGGGUGCUGGGAUCAUGGCAGAUCCCGAUGUCACUCUUGGACAACUUUGAGUUCUUCGGUCCAAACCCGUCAGUGCCCAACACAAGCUCGGCAGGCUUUGAUAAUGUUCAAGACAUUCUGGGGAAGCCGGGGGUUCUCCGCCUGACGCUUCGUAGGCUCGCCAGUUUCUCUUUGAUUCGCCUCAAAGAAGACGGAAACCACAUCGCAGCCCACGGACUGGCAAGAGCAGUCUGUAAACGCAACCACCUGACCUCCAUCUCAAGUCAGCUUGAGCUAGACGGUAGUCAUUACGAAAUCUGCCGGACGUACCUCACGCCGCUUAGGCAUCAGCUAUCUCUCAUUAAAGAACAUUUGUCCGACCAAGACUUGAAUCCGCACGAUGGCCAGUUUCGAACGCCCAACGCAAUCAUCCUUCGCCAAUCCGCCUGGGCCGAUCUUUCUGAGGGACUUGCGGAUAGGUCAAAAGAUCUCUUCCGUAAAGCUAUCACAUACGAAGCAAUCAGAGACAGCCAGGCAGGGUUCAAGUGGCCUAAUGACGAGAUGGCCCUUGACAUUCUUUGCGGUUUCUCCAGAGCGUGCCACACGUCAGGGGACCUGAACCAAGCCAUCGAGUCCAUGGAGUCAGCUGUACGCCUCUCAGAACGCUUCUACGGAAACGAGUCCGAAGUCACCCUGCAUCUCGUAUCUCGGCUCAGAUAUAUCUGCGAAAGACGUGAGAUUAUGCAACAGCAUCACAAAGCCGCCUUACUCGCUUCGACCACGACGAGGUACGACUCGGCAGGCCUCAAGCUCUCUCGCCGAUCGACAAGGUCUCACGAGGACCACUUGCAGCAUUUCGAAAGCCGGAGCGAGUCCGAGUGGAACGCCGACAACUUGGUUCGGGAAAUCGGAAACCUCGGACAGGAUCUGCUCGACGCGGCUCGGUCAGGCAACGCCAUCAUGACCCGGCUGUUCCUCGAUUCGCCGGACAUCCACCCGAAGACCAAGAGCGUCCACGGGAAGAAACUUCUCCACACCGCAGUCCAACACGACCAGCCAGAGAUUGUCAGGCUUCUGCUGGACCAGGGCGUCGACGUGGACUCGGCAAACAGGCGGGGCUGGACGCCUUUGUUUCUGGCGACUCGACAGCGGCAGGUAAGCCCGUUGAUCUUGGGCUUCCUUCUUGACCACGGCGCCGACCCCCACAGAAUAUGUGAUGGGUUCUUAUCGAUUCUCGAGUAUGACUUGUUCUCGGGCAGUCAACACCUCUUCCGCUGCAUCAUGGGAAAAGGCAGUUGCUCCACCCUCAGAGACUCGUGCGGGAGAACGCUUCUUCACAUCGUCGUUGAGCACGGGACCCCGGCGGCCCUCGCCAGCUUGCUGCGCUCUGCGCCGGGUCUGGAUGUCGAUGCUCAGCGAGACAACGGAGAUACGGCGCUACAUGAAGCUUGCAAAAGCCGCCGGCAUUCGGCACUCCAAGCUGCCACGAUACUCCUAGGAGCCGGUGCAAGAUGUGACAUAUCAAACAAUGACGGAAGAACAACCGUCGAUAUCGCUACAAUCAAUGACGGGAGAACAGCCGUCGAUAAUGCGACAAUUACCAGGAAUUACGGGAUCAAAAGGAUUCUGCAUGCUAAGCCCGGCGGACACCGGAAAGCCAAUCUCACCUGGAGCAACAUGUCUGUUGCUGAGGUCGUAGUAUCCGAGUCGCUGCAGAUUCUGAAGCAAAGGCUACGAAAGGCGACGCGUGGGGAUCUCGAUGCUUCUUCGGCAUCGUACGGAACUCCUCUGCACCAAGCCUGCGGUCGCGGCCUGCCCUUCGUCGAAGUCUUGCUGAAAGCAGGCGCAGAUCCGAACGUGGUCGACUCGGACAACCAAACGCCCCUGUAUGCAAUGCUGCGACACCGAACACCCCAUACCGAAUGCAUCAAGGCCCUGAUAGACCACGGGGCCGACACGGACAAGAUGCCCGAUGCCCCCAAAUCGCUUACGCUUUGGGAGCGUGCCUGCCAGGCGGGUCACUGGCCCGCGGCGCUCGAACUGCUUCGGCGAUGUCGUCACAUCAACCCGAAGUCAAGUCACGUUCGAAGAGUUCUGAGCCAGGCCUCUAUACGUUACAGUAAAAUGACGCCCGAACGAGUUGUAGAGCUCCUGAAGCUUGACAGCCUCGAGCUGAAGAGGACGGGCUCGAAAAAGGCCCCUUCCGGCGUUCCUCCUGCGCUGCAUUCGGGAGGAAACACGAUAGGGCAGUUUGAACUUGUUGAAGAGUAUGAGCAUCACCUGAGACCGAGCGAGGUGUUGCUCCAGGAGCUGCGAUAUGCCGGCGAACUCUUGGGCGCAGUAACGCCAACCGAGAGCAUUGCCACGAACUUUUAA